AUGAGUGAGCCAAGACUUCUUGGUACUCACGUUCCCUUCCCUUCAUUACCCGAGUCAAUCACAAAAUCUAAUCGCAAGAUCAUUUAUAUAUGUAGGAAUCCAUUUGAUAUUUUUGUUUCAGCAUGGGAAUUCUUUACUAAAAUGAAGUUAGUGUCUUUACCUGCAUUAACGUUGGAGGAAGCCUUUGAGAAAUAUUGCAAUGGGAUAAUGGGGUUUGGUCCAUGGUGGAGUCAUAUGUUAUGUUACUGGAAGGAGAGUAUAGCCAGACCAAACAAAGUUCUGUUCUUGAAAUAUGAGGAUCUUAAAGAGGAUACUGAAUUUCACGUGAAAAGAAUUAUUGAGUUCUUGGGUUGUCGUAUCAAUGAAGAAGGAGAGAGUACCAGAAUGAUUGAAAACGUAAUCAAACUGUGUAGGUUUGAGAAGAUGAAAGAUUUGGAA